AUGAUGGAUUCAAUGAAACCUACUUUUGAAAAAUACAAUUCUAAAUGGAAGAGCGGUAACUUAUCAUGCGUUAGUGUUUUCAAUCGUUUCAUUGUUAUUGCAGCCAAUUGUGAGUUCAGUCGAAUGAUUCUUAACUCACCAAAUUUUGUCGAACCUUCUGUUGUCGAUUCUAUGAGAUAUAUUCUUACACCUGAAAAUUGGGUAUUUUUGGAUGGUAAAGCACACAAUAACUAUCGUCGAGGACUUAACAUUCUUUUCCAAAGAAAAGCACUUGGAAGCUACCUUCCCAUCAUGGACAAAUGUUAUCAAAAAUUCUUCGAUGAAUGGCUUUCACACGAUGGUCAAGUCAGAAAAUAUCAAUGGGAUUUCAGAGAAUUGAAUAUGCAAUCCUCUCUUCGUGUCUUUUUGGGUGAUUUCAUGCCCGAAGACGUCGCUAAAAAGUGCUCUCAGGAAUACUUCAACAUCACUGCUGCUCUUGAACUUGUUAAUUUCCCAAUCCCUCUUCCUGGCACUAAGGUAUAUAAAGCCAUCAAGUCGCGUCAGUACAUUUAUAACGCUUUCAUUGAAUCCAUUAAGGAUGCACGUAUCCGUAUGGCUAACGGUGGAGAGUCAACCUGUCUUUUGGAUAAUUGGUUAAUCGCUAUGAAGCAAACUGAAAAGGAAUGCGAAGCAAAGGGAAAGCCUGCACCCCAUAAAUUUACUGAUCACGAAAUCGCUUUGACCAUUUUGACCUUUUUGUUCGCCUCUCAAGAUGCCACUUCUUCAGCUCUCACUUGGACUUUCCAACUCUUAGCUGAUCACCCUGAAGUAAUGAAGAAAGUAUAUGAUGAACAAGACGCAUUGCGUGCUGAUGAUCCUGACCAGCCCCUUACUAUGGAGUUGAUGGAAAAGUCUGUCUACUUACGUCAGGUCGUCAAAGAGUCUUUGCGUCUCAGACCACCCGUUUUGAUGGUGCCAUACCAAACACAUAAAGACUUCCCUAUCUCUCCUGAUUAUACUGUUCCUGCCAAAUCUAUGGUCAUCCCAACCACCUAUCCUGCACUUCAUGAUCCUGUUGCUUAUCCUAAUCCUGAAUCUUUUGACCCCGAUCGUUGGGGCCCCAAUGGGUGUGCCGAAGAUUACCCCAAGAACUUCAUGGUAUUUGGUAAUGGUCCUCAUCAUUGUUUAGGUAAAGAGUACGCUAUCCUCCAUUUGAUGUCUACAAUUGCCCAAGCUACCCGAAGACUUGAAUUCAAGCAUUACCCCACGGACGAGUCUGAUGUCAUCUCCUUAUUCGCUACUACAUAUCCACAAGAUGAAUGCCAUAUGAGUUUCCAUCCCAGAACCCAUACACCUUUCACUAUUUAA